UCGACAGUUGAUAGUGUAGAAACACGGCGAGCGGGUUAAGUUUUAUUCUAUCGAACUGCCAGUGGAAACACAAAUAAUGAUAGAGAUGCGAGAAGUCAGAAAAGAGUUGUACCGCCUACAACAUGCUUAUAUUGCCAUUAUAUAGCGCCGAUACCUCAAAUAAAUGCUCGUGCUUUGGAAUACCUACUAACAGAACACACGAAUAAGAGCGUAUACAGUGAGCAUGUUUUUGUGCAUAAAGGCCAGUGUUUUAGUGCUAAAGAUGACGGGACUAAUGGAGAUGUAAACACGACAAUCCUGGAACAAAAAGUUUAUAAGUUUAAAAUAGUUUCUAGAACUUUGGCGCCAACAAUUAUAAUAAGGAUAGCUUUAGAAUAGCGGUAAAUUGAAUCUAUAAAGUAGAUUCCGGAAAGUUACGUUGACACCGAUGAAAAGAAGACAAAAGGACGAUAAAUGAAGAAUUCAGAUAAUGGAACGUUAAAAGAGAUGUUUGACCUGUGUUAUGAAAGUUCGCGAUUGAUCUUCCAUCCCCGCAAGGACUUAACACAUGUAGAUUUCGAUGUUUACAUGUUUACCUACAUAAUAUGAUAUAUAUUUCAAUACCUAACACAUGGUGACGUAUAUUAGUUAUAAUACAGGCAAUAAGUAUGUAUAUUAUCAAUAACCUAGUAGUAUUUAUACCAAUAUCUUACAAAAUAUACAAAACACUAUAACUGUAUCGAUUAAGAAACCAGCAUUGUAGGCGUGCUUAGAACCCAUGAUGUAAACGACCAUCAAAAACUAUGGAGAAUUUCAGCUAUUGUGUAAACGAUUCGGGGCAGGUUACCAAUAAUGCUAUGGACGCCGGAUUCAUUGUGUCAACGAUAUGUCUAGGUAUAUUAGUAUCAGUGGUCGUAGCCGGUAAUAUAUUAGUCGUAGCAGCUGUUCUCACCACCAGAAAACUGCGAACAGUAACCAAUAUAUUUAUUGUGAACCUAGCGUGUGCGGAUUUAUUGCUAGGAAUCUUUGUUUUGCCCUUCUCGGCAGCUCUGGAAGUUCUUGACAGCUGGAUUUUUGGCACCAUAUGGUGUCAUGUCUGGUUAGCUACAGAUGUACUUCUGUGUACAGCUUCAAUAUUAAAUUUGUGUUGUAUUAGUUUUGAUAGAUACGUCGCCAUAACGCGGCCAAUGAAAUAUCCAGGUAUAAUGUCUUCCAAACGUGGGAAAUUGCUUGUGGCAGCAACAUGGAUUGUGUCGUUUCUAAUCUGUCUUCCACCGCUAAUUGGUUGGAAUGACGGAAAUGAAACAACAGAAUCAAAACGCUCUGAAGUGAAUAUUAGUCAACUUGUGAUAAAGGAUUACAAUUCAAACUUUUCUCGCCAUUUUAUCGUCGACACAUACAUGUUAGAAAAAAACACCAGUGUGUCCACAAAUGGGGAAUUUCAGAGUGUACCCCCGGUGCCAUGUCAUGUAGUGCCAGUUACAUGCGAACUUAUUAAUACCCGUGGUUAUAGGAUCUAUUCAGCAUUGGGUUCUUACUUCAUUCCUAUGUUUGUAAUGGUGUUUUUUUAUAUAAGGAUUUACAGGGCCGCAGUGAAGACAAUUUCAGCCUAUCAAAAGGGUGUUUUAACGACCAAAUCAAACGGUGAAACUAUGAACAACAAAGUGACUUUAAGGGUGCACCGGGGUGGUAGCUACAUUAACCAUAACAAAAAGGCAAAUCGCCCAGGUAGUUCAAGUAGUUCGCCAAAUAAUUCUGAGCGCCGAAAAUCAGAAGAAACAUCUCUCAGUAGAACAAAUUCCAAAAAAUAUGAAUUGGGUACACCGUUAAUUAACACUAAUUAUCAGAGACGCUUCCGUUCUCGUUACCAUACUUACAAUAAAAAUAGCGAGUGCCCAACCUGUGAAACAACUAUUAAAAUAAUCCAUGAUCCCCCUCCAGAAGACAGUCGUCACGAUCGACAACUCUCAUUAACUAGUGCCAAUACUCCACGUGACAAAGAUCAAAAUUGUAAAAAGUGUUACCCUAGUAACGAUCGCUUAAAACCGACAAAUGGCGUUCGAAUCAAGUUUUCAGGAAAUAAACCAACACGCACUGCCUCUGCACUACAAAAGACCGGAAAACACAUGAAAACGCAAAUGCGAAAAUUCAAUCGGGAACAAAAAGCAGCGAAAACUCUGGCGAUAAUUGUUGGUGCUUUUAUUGUUUGCUGGUUGCCUUUCUUUUCUAUUUAUCUCAUCGGAGCUUUUUGUGAUAAUUGUAUUCCUGCAGUGCUAUUUUCUGUGUUUUUUUGGCUAGGUUACUGUAAUUCAGCCAUCAAUCCGUGUGUUUAUGCUCUCUUCGCUAGAGACUUUCGAUUUGCUUUUAAGAAACUAUUAACGUGUGGAAUAAGAAGACAGCCGUGCAAAUCGGCCUCGGAUCUGGCUUCGAUGAACCUCAAUCACAUACAAUCAUUGAACAAUUUCAGUGACAACUCCUCCGAGAGCUGACUUUAGUAUUUAUUGAACAGCAGACUACUUUUAAUUAUUAUUUCUAAUUUAUUGAAUGUGACAUAAUAAAAAAGGUUGAUAUAAA